UUGGUGCGCAGACGCAGAGGUGCAGAAGCGCUGUGAGCUGAGGUGGACUUCUUCCUUUUUACUGUUUGGAAGGAGCUGAGCACUCAGGCAACUGGACCUCAGGAGCAACACGAAACCUCUCAAACAACCUCCGAGACGUCACGAUGAUCCGGAUAGCCGCCUUCCUCGCGCUGCUGGUGGUCGCCUGCUCAGGAGAGAGCUGCACGGACCCAGUCAUCACUCCGUCGGCCUACACCACCUCUGACGCCGUCAUCUCAUCAGAGUCUGUCUUCAUCGUUGAACUCAGCCUGACCUGCGCCAACGGAGCACAGAGCGUAACGCUGUAUGCUGAUGUCAAUGGAAGACAGUUCCCUGUAACCAGAGGACAGGAUGUUGGAAAGUACCAGGUGUCCUGGAGUCUUCCUCACAAACAGGCAACCUCUGGAACAUAUCAGGUCAAAUUCUUCGAUGAGGAGUCCUAUAGUGCCCUGCGCAAGGCCCAGAGAAACAAUGAAGACGUAAAUGCCAUUCACCCUCUCUUCUCUGUCAACAUUGACCACAGGGGUGCAUGGAAUGGCCCAUGGGUGUCUACUGAAGUGGUUGCUGCCCUCAUUGGUAUCCUGGUCUACUACUUGGCUUUCAGCGCAAAGAGCACCAUCCAAGCAUAAACUGAUCCAAAACAGCUUUUUAAAUACUGGAUCAUUAAAGACUGAUUUCUGAUGGGGCUCGACCAAUUAUCCAUCAUCCGGUGUUGGGACAAACCAACAGGAUUUUGCCACUUGAUCUGCUUUGGGGCAAGGAGCAGAAGUAGCAGUCUUUGUCUUUUUUAUUCAGACUGUGUCUCUUAUGUGCUUUGAGUCUUUAAAGAUGAAUUUUGACACACGAUUGACUCUCGGUAUGGGUGGAGUUUUGUAACAAUGGUUUCUUUUUUUGGAAACAACAGAUCAAUAAACCUGGACUUUACAAAUAAAGAAAUCAAAUAGAGCUCA